AUGGAGCUGGAAGGCACCUGGAGGAGCCUGCCUGCGCUUCGACCGCCGCUAGUGCUGCUGCUGCUCCUGCAGGUUGCAGGGCCAGCAGGCACUCUGGCCGAGACCCUGCUGGACCCGCCCAGGGCAAUGGGCACCAGCUCCAGUCCACCCAGCCCCGCAAGUGUGGUGGCUCCCGGAACGACACAGUACGAGGAGAGUCGGUUGCCCGUGUUCACCCUGGAUUACCCCCAUGUGCAGAUCCCCUUCGAGAUCACCCUGUGGAUCCUGCUGGCCUCCCUGGCCAAGAUCGGUUUCCAUCUCUAUCACAAGUUGCCCACAAUUGUGCCUGAGAGCUGUCUUCUCAUAAUGGUUGGACUUCUACUAGGUGGGAUUAUUUUUGGAGUUGAUGAAAAGUCUCCCCCUGCGAUGAAGACAGAUGUAUUUUUCUUGUACCUCCUCCCACCCAUUGUACUUGAUGCAGGUUAUUUCAUGCCUACUCGCCCAUUCUUUGAGAACAUCGGCACCAUUUUCUGGUAUGCUGUGGUUGGGACACUUUGGAAUUCCAUCGGUAUUGGGGUGUCCUUAUUUGGUAUCUGUCAGAUUGAAGCCUUUGGCCUGAGUGACAUCACUUUGCUCCAGAACCUGCUCUUUGGCAGCUUAAUCUCAGCAGUGGACCCUGUGGCUGUGCUUGCUGUCUUCGAGAACAUUCACGUCAACGAGCAACUCUACAUCUUGGUCUUUGGAGAGUCCUUGCUGAAUGAUGCAGUGACAGUGGUCCUGUACAACUUGUUCAAGUCUUUCUGCUUGAUGAAAACCAUUGAGACCAUUGACAUAUUUGCAGGAAUCGCCAACUUCUUUGUUGUAGGGAUUGGUGGCGUGUUGAUUGGCAUCUUCCUGGGAUUUAUAGCAGCAUUUACUACUCGGUUCACACAUAACAUACGGGUGAUCGAGCCACUUUUUGUCUUCCUGUACAGUUAUUUGUCCUAUAUUACAGCGGAAAUGUUUCACCUUUCAGGUAUCAUGGCAAUCACUGCUUGUGCAAUGACUAUGAACAAGUAUGUGGAGGAAAAUGUAUCUCAAAAAUCUUACACGACCAUCAAGUAUUUCAUGAAGAUGCUGAGCAGUGUCAGCGAGACCCUGAUCUUCAUCUUCAUGGGAGUAUCCACUGUUGGGAAGAACCAUGAGUGGAACUGGGCCUUUGUCUGCUUCACCCUGGCCUUCUGUCUGAUCUGGCGUGCACUGGGUGUCUUUGUACUAACUCAGGCCAUUAACUGGUUCCGGACGAUUCCCCUGACCUUUAAGGAUCAGUUCAUCAUUGCCUAUGGAGGGCUCCGAGGGGCCAUCUGCUUUGCGCUGGUGUUUCUCCUUCCUGCUGCUGUGUUUCCCAGGAAAAAGCUCUUCAUUACGGCUGCAAUUGUUGUCAUAUUCUUUACCGUCUUCAUUCUGGGAAUAACCAUUCGACCACUAGUGGAGUUUCUUGAUGUUAAGAGAGCCAAUAAAAAGCAACAAGCUGUCAGUGAAGAAAUCCACUGUCGGUUUUUUGAUCAUGUGAAGACUGGAAUUGAAGAUGUUUGUGGACAUUGGGGUCACAACUAUUGGAGAGACAAGUUUAAGAAGUUUGAUGACAAAUACCUGCGGAAGCUUUUGAUUCGGGAAAACCAACCCAAAUCAAGCAUCGUGUCUUUAUAUAAAAAGCUUGAAAUAAAGCAUGCCAUUGAAAUGGCAGAGACUGGGAUGAUAAGCGCUGUUCCUUCUUUUGCAUCUUUAAAUGACUGUCGUGAAGAAAAAAUAAGGAAGCUUACACCUGGUGAAAUGGAUGAAAUUCGGGAAAUAUUAUCAAGAAAUCUCUACCAAAUUCGUCAGCGAACGUUGUCAUACAACAGACACAACCUGACAGCUGAUACAAGUGAGAGGCAGGCCAAAGAGAUCCUGAUCCGCCGAAGGCACAGUCUGCGAGAGAGCAUCAGGAAGGACAGUAGCUUGAACCGGGAGCGUAGGGCUUCCACUUCAACCUCUCGAUACUUAUCCUUACCAAAAAAUACAAAGCUUCCAGAAAAGCUACAGAAAAAGAGUAUUUCUAAUGCAGGUGACAACAGCAGCGACUCAGACACAGAUGCCGGGACCACCGUCCUCAAUUUAAAACCCAGAGCCAGGUGCUUCUUGCCAGACCAGUUCUCAAAGAAAGCCCCCCAAUCCUACAAAAUGGAAUGGAAGAAUGAGGUAGACAAUGAUUCCAGCCCAGGGCAGCCCUGCACACCCCCAGCUCUCCACAGCAAAGAGGGGGCCACGCAGAACCCAGGUGUGCUCCAGCAGCCCCUUCUCUCCAAAGGCCAAUUUGGCCAGGUGCCGGAAGACAGUGUGACUAAAGGCAACCGACCCAAGCCACCUCCCAGGUUGGUCCGAAGGGCGUCAGAGCCUGGAAGCUGGAAAGCGCGCUUUGGGAGUGAGAAAUCAUAAUUGAAACGGUCAAAGCAGGCCUGGAGAGGGACAGUGACUGUCUCAGUACAGCUGUGAUUAUUACUCCAAAACCUGACACACGGGAAUCCAUUUCAAACCCUCUAUGUGUCUAAAUCUACUCUUUGCGUGGUGGAGUCAUGCCUCUGGUUCAUGGGACAAUUGCUUACCCAAAGAAGAGGAAAAUCAAAGAAAAAAAAGACCCAUAGAUUGUCUCUUAUGACUUGUUGCUAGCAGUUGUAGUUUUUGCAGGCCUGAAGAAAAAAACAAUGUGUGCCUUUAGAACUUGAAUGACAGAACUUGACAUUUUUAACACACCCUUGUUGGUGAAAAUUUUAAUAUAUACAUAUGCCUCAAAUUUUAUUUAUGAAAAAAUGUGUGUAUCUGUGAUCAGUUUUUAAGUGAAUGACACUAAAUAUACUCAGAGCAUCUUCCUUGUGCAUAGAAGGCAGCUCCUGGUGGCUGGUGGGCCAUCUGCUAGAGUCCAAGUGUUUCCAGAUCCUCAGCUGAACAGCAAUAUGGUAGCCUGGCUCCCAGGGUCAUAUCAGAGGUCCCAUUACUCCUAUGGAAUAAUGAAAAUCAGCUGGUUUUUAAUUUGUUCCUCAUUCUACCAAGUGUUGAAUGACAUAUAGAUGCCAUCACCUCUUUUAUGUUCAAGUGAUGCAAAAAGAAAGGUUGUGCGGAUGACACCAGUUUGUGAUGUGACAGACUGGUUGGCAGCUUUAGAUAAAGUUCUACUGUGGGGACCUCCUGUGGCAUGUGGGGAGAUAGUGUAGCACACUCUGAAAACAUGUUGGCAGGUGUUACAGUGUGUGAUACUGGGAGGAGAAGGAAGGUUGCUGUUCACACCCAUCUAUGACCACCCGCUUCAAAAUUCUUCUGUAGAACAUUCUAGAACUUUGAAUCCAAGUCAGGAUCUAAGCAGACAAGAUUGAAAGUUUGUAUAAACAGUAUUUCAGUGCUUAACAAAUUGGUUAGAGUUCAAGUUUUGAAUUUUAUAUGGGUAGGAAGCACUCUGGAAAAUGGGCAUUCUAUUAUUUUGCACUAGUCUGUAAAUUUUUUACCCUCCUCCCCAAGUAAAGUGGUAACUCAGUUCUUCAUAUAAAAAUGGAUUCUACUCACCCAAGUACUCUUUAAAAGUACCUCAGAAGGACAAGCAGUGAAACGUAAUCAUUAAAAAUGAUUUGAGUCUCUGUCUCUUACACUAUAGAUUUAUUUAUUGGUCUGUUAUUUUUUUCUGGAAAAGAACAAAAACAAACCUUCUUUAAAAUUU